UUCCUCUUCUCAUAUGUCAAGUAAAUAUGAUGUUCUUUUUUUUUUUUUCAGUGAAGAACAACAAGAAAGUAAGCGCUAAGAAAUGAAACCGAAACUAGAAACAAGGGUAGGUGAUUGAUCUAGUUGAACGUGUGUUCUAGUCGGUCUCGUCAGGGAAAGUUCGAACGUUCGAGCUCUUCCUGAUCAAGUUGAAUUUAGCUUCUUCGUGGCUUUGCCAUUGUUACGCUGCACAAAACGUUAUGAGUGGCUCCGAAUCAUCAAGCGAUGAGAUCAAUGAUGGGGUGCUUUCGUCUAUUCACGACUACAUAAAGACCUUGGAAGAGUUGAUACUACGCCUCAAGAUCGAUCAUGAAGCGAGAAAAUCAGCCUCGACGGGCGCACUCGAAAGUGAGCACAUGCUGCUUGAAGAGCAUGUUGCCAACAUCAACAGCUUCGCCUCAGAAUCGUCACUGCGACCAAGCUUACAACUAGCCCAUGAACAGGUGAAUCUGUUGCUAGAGGUGGACAGCCUUAGCAGCGAAGUCAUGGCCAUCUGUGCUGAAAACCAACGAAUAUGCAAAGAAGUCAUGAAGAAACAGCAGGAGCUCGACAAGGCCAAUGCAACAAUAAGGAAACUGAAGACUGCUUACCAUGGUUGUAUUGGUGAAAAGAUUCCACCCGAGGAAAUGCUGGAUCAAGGACGAAAGCGUUCAUUGAAUGAAAAAAUUUGCACUGCUUGGCACAGUCAUGGCUUCAAUUCCCGUCUUCGGAAGCCGCAUUGCCGAUGGAGACAAAAUGGAAAGAAAGCUACAAGAAGAGCAAUAUAAGCUGAAAGUUUUGAACAACAUCUUGUUGCAGGUGCUAAGCUCGUCUGGAAUUAACUGGGCACAAAACGAGCAUGUCACUGAGCUACUUGACGAGAUUUCACAGUUCGUGUAGACAUUUUCAUGUCGUCAGAGUGUACAGCGCUUUUACUGAAAGAAGACAAGUGGGCAGAUGUUCAUACUUCGUCAGAUUUAAGAAUUUUAUAUUGUCAUGAAUAAAGUUUUACUGAGAUUGCUUA